GAAGGCGGCGUGCGCGGCGGCGUUCAGCCCAGAGAACCAAGCGGGAGGCUUCGCAGACGUUUCUCGCUGCUGCUGCUGCUACUUUCCUGACAGCCGCUACUAGAGGCGCCUACGCAGGCAGGCAGGCUGCAAACGGACUCCCGGGCGAAGGGGGACGCUUCUGUUCUCGCCCGCUCUCGACUUGGAUUUAAAGGGCGUUGUGUGUGUGUGUGGAUGCUGAAGUAAACUCCGAAGUUGUCCGGCUUCGCAGGGCGGCGAGAAAAGCGCCGAGGAAACCCGGGAGGGGAGCCGGAGAAGCAACAAGUCCGUCGGCGCCGUCGGGGAAAAGAGCCUGGCAAAAAAAAAAGCAGCACCUGACGAGGUUUGCCAGCCGCCUCUGGCCGGCAGAUGCCGUAAAAGGCAAGCGGCUGGCGGGUGGGUGAAAGGCUGCCCUGCUUCUCGGGGUGUGUGGGGGGACCCUCCCUCCCCGGGAGCCUCUUUGGGCAGCAGUUUGAGAGCCGCUUCGCAAAUCCUGCCCGCCGCUUUUUUUGGCCCCGAAAGUGCCUUUUCUCGGCUUUUGGAGGGACCCGUUUGAAUUUUUUUGUCCCGUUCUUGUGGUUCCUGUUCUUGGUUUCUUUUAUUUUUUGUGUGUGGCGGAGAUCUUCGGGCAAAGCAGCCGCCCACUGAGGAGGAGGAGGAAGAGAGGGAUUUCUCUGCUGCCUCUUCCCAGCCAAGCAUGGUGGGGAAAAGAAACCCCGAUGCCAAGGGGGAAGCCGGCUGCUUUGGCGGACAGGGCUUCUGCUCCGUCAGGUCCGCUCCGCCCUUCAACUCGUUGCUGGCUGCCUUCCUUCUCUCGGUGGGAUCCAUAGCUUCCUGUGUCUAUCUGGGGAUGAAGACCAACGACCUUCAGGCCAGGGUCUUUGCCAUUGAGGCAGCGCAAGGGGACAUGGGCGCUGCUGCUGCUGCUGCUGUUGCUGGCUCCUACCGGGCGCUGCCCAGCUAUUCGUUGGAUCAGCUGAAUUCCCUGAUGCAGGAAAAAGUGGAGCAACUUCUGGCUCAGAAGACCUAUGAACAUAUGGCAAAAAUCAGAACAGUAAGAGAAGCUUCUUCAGAAUGCAACUGCCCACCAGGUUUUUUAUUUUCUUCUAAUCUCUUCCAUCAGUAAGAGAUGGAAGGGAU